CCCUCAAACCAUCCAAUCUUACUCACAAUCUUCCAAUCGAUUUUCCAGAUACACACACUCUCUCUUCUCGCUUUUUCCCUAGGAGGAAUUUCAGCUGUAACACAAGUUUGAAGAAUGGCAACUGAGGAUCAGAAGUACAAGGCCGGUCAAACCAUGGGCGUUGCUGAGGAGAAGACGGGCCAGAUGACAGAAAACGUGAAGCAAAAGGCCGGAGAAGCCAAGGACAAGGCCUACCAGACGGCUCAGGCCGCGAAGGACCGGACCAUUGAGACCAAGGACCAGACCGGCAGUUACAUCUCCGACACGGCCGGUGCGGCCAAGGACAAGGCAGGGGAGGCGGUCCAGUACACCAAGGACUCGGCCGUGGCCGGGAAGGACCAGACCACCGGCGUCCUCGGAAACGCGGCGAAGUACACCAAGGACUCGGCCUGUGCGGCCAAGGACAAGGCAGGGGAGGCGUUCCAGUACACCAAGGACUCGGCCGUGGCCGGGAAGGACCAGACCGCCGGCGUCCUCGGAAACGCGGUGGAGCAGGUCAAGAGCGCCGCGGCGGGCGCCACGGAGGCCGUGAAGAACACCCUUGGCAUGGGUGCCAAAGAAGACACCACUACCGGAAAGGACAACAAUAAUUAGUUUUUGAGAAAUUGGGAAAGUGUUCUUGUUGAUUCCUCCAUAUUGUGUUUUGUACUCAUUUGGUUUAUUAGUAUGGCUGUUGGGAUGGUCUUUAAUUUGUUUCGAAUCGAGUUGCCUCAUGUUUGUGAGGUGAUGAUUUCACUUAUUUUCUUUGAGGUUGUUCACUUUUGACCCUUUUGCUAUGUACUCUACCACUACUCCUAGGUGGUAGCUAGUUUGGGUGAAAGUGCUUCCACAUUAUGUACUUUCCAUGUUUUAUGAAUAAAUAUUAGGCUUAUUUCCUUGUAAAAUGGCGUUUGUGGCAUGACUCUUGUCUCUCUUAUUCAUAAUUAUUUCGACGCAAAAUAUUUAAUGCAGGAGAGAAUU